GCAGAUUGUUUAUUGUACCACAUGCAACAGAACUAUUCACGGUCAAUUUUUAUCUAAACUUUUUGUAAGGUAUAUCGCGUAAUCGAAGCGUUGUUGUUUAACAAAGUAUAUGACCAAACAAGCGGAAAAUAUAUAUUUGUGUGCUUCAAAUAUAUCAAGUUUAGUAUUUUUCGGUAUGCCUAUGGUGCUAUAAGGAUAGUGUAAAACGCGCGUUCGUGAUAAAAUGGACUACCAAAAGGCAACGAACAUACGCCCAGAAGAACACCACGUAUCAAGGGAAAAACGAGGGAAGAUUUUGGGCCAUGGCAAAUCGUUCAAAGGAUGCACUAUCUGGUUCACUGGACUGUCGGGGGCAGGGAAGACAAGCAUAUCUUUUGCGCUGGAAGAGCAAUUGGUGAGCUACGGUGUACCAGCGUACAGUUUGGAUGGCGACAACAUCAGGCAUGGUCUGAACAAGAAUUUGGGAUUUUCGGAGGAAGAUAGGAGGGAGAAUAUCAGGAGAGUGGCAGAGGUAGCUCGACUUUUUGCUGAUGCCGGGCAAAUCUGCUUAUGCAGUUUUGUAUCUCCAUUCUCAGUAGACAGGCAAAUGGCUAGAACUGUCCACGAACGCAGUGGGUUGCCAUUUUUUGAGGUUUUCGUAGAUACUCCACUUGCAGUUUGUGAACAGAGAGAUGUGAAAGGUUUAUAUGAAAAGGCAAGGCAGGGACUGAUCAAAAGCUUCACUGGUAUAGAUCAAGAAUACGAGAAGCCAGAACAUCCCGAAUUGGUACUGAAGACAGCCCGUCACACUAUCGAGCAGUCUGUGCAGCAAGUUCUUGAUUUGUUGAAAGAACACGGGAUAUUCUCAAAGUUCGCAAUGGAGAACAACAACCACCUGAAUGGUUACGCAUCCCAAUUUGAUGGUACUAACGACCUAGUGGUACCGGAGCUAUUUGUGCCGGACCAUAAAGUAAAAGAUUUGGUGAAUGAAGCAGAGAACUUACCAAAACUCGAAAUCGGAACGGUGGACCUCCAGUGGUUACAAAUAUUGAGCGAAGGUUGGGCCUACCCACUAAAAGGGUUCAUGAGAGAAGACGAGUUUUUACAGGUAUUACAUUUCAACACGAUAAAAAAAGAUGACGAUAGGAUCAACCAAAGUGUGGCCAUUGUGUUACCGAUAAGUACAGAAGACAAAGAGAGAUUUGCAGGUGUCAAGUCGAUUGGGCUAUAUCACAAAAACGACCUCUAUGCAAUUUUGAGGGAACCUCAGAUAUAUUACCAUAGAAAAGAGGAACGAUGUGCUAGGCAGUUUGGUACAACUAACAGGGAUCAUCCUCAUAUCAAGAUGAUAUACGAAUCUGGAGACUGGCUUCUUGGUGGCGACCUCCAGGUUCUCAAAAGGGUCAAGUGGAACGAUGGUCUUGAUGAAUAUCGAAAAACACCGAACGAAUUAAGGAGUAAAUUGAGGCAGUUGGGCGCUGAUGCAGUGUUCGCGUUUCAGUUGAGGAAUCCUAUACACAACGGACAUGCGCUACUCAUGACAGAUACUCGUAGACAGCUUAAGCAGAAAGGGUACAAGAAUCCUGUACUGCUACUCCAUCCUUUGGGAGGUUGGACAAAAGAUGACGAUGUGCCUCUACCAGUCAGGAUCAAACAACACCAAGCGGUCCUGGAGGAGGGUGUUUUAGAUAAGGAUAGUACCGUUUUGGCUGUUUUCCCUAGUCCAAUGCUAUACGCAGGCCCUACCGAGGUCCAGUGGCACGCAAAAGCCCGCAUGGUAGCCGGCGCAGACUAUUACAUAGUAGGCCGUGACCCAGCGGGGAUGGCUCAUCCCCUAGGGACAUCAGCAACCCCUGAUGGUAACCUGUACGAUGCGACACAUGGCGGCAGAGUUCUCUCUAUAGCGCCUGGCAUGUCUAGAGUGCACAUAUUGCCGUUUAGGGUGGCAGCCUAUGAUCUCAAACAAAGGAAAAUGGACUUUUUCAGGCCAGAGAACAAAGAGGACUUCGAUUUCAUAUCGGGAACGAGGAUGCGAAAAUUCGCUAGAAAUGGAGAAGAUCCACCGGAAGGAUUCAUGGCACCAAAGGCAUGGCAAGUUAUACAGGACUACUAUCGAAGCUUAGAAUCCAAAUCAUGAUCAUCCAUUAAAGGAAUAGUGCUUACAGAUGUAUAUUGUAUAUAUGUAUUUUAAUGAAUUUUCUAUAUUUUGAAAUUGUCCCAAUAACUCAUACUCGUAGAUCUUUGUGUGAUUACCAAGUUUAAAUAAACACGUUUUCUCGAAUAACUAAAA